AAUGUCAAUUUCCGGUUGCCACCGAAAUAUUUUUUAUAUUUUUAUUUUUUUGUUUUUAGUCCAAAAUUCUGUUUUAUGCUGGGACACAGAUAAUUUAGAGCUGUAUGAUUUAGUGGAGGAAGUGAAUGAAAACUUUUAUGAUGUCCUAGGCGUGACAAGGAGUGCAUCGAGCAGUGAGAUCAAGAAGGCAUACAGAAAGAAGACAUUGGUUUUACAUCCUGAUAAAAAUGAAGCUGUAGAUGCCGAGGAACAGUUCAGAAAACUUGUUGCGGUGUAUGAGGUAUUGAAGGAUGAAGAGAAACGUGAAAAGUACAAUCAUGUGUUGGACUUUGGUUUACCAGACUGGAGACAACCUGUAUAUUACUAUAGAAAGGCUAGAAAACUUGGGCUGGUUGAACUGGCACUUGUACUUUGCCUUAUCAUUACCAUUGGUCAGUACUUUGUGUUGUGGGCAGUGUAUCUGGAGAGAAGAUUAGCCCUGGAAGACUUCUUUCAAUCCAAGAAGAAAAAGGAAACAAAGAAGAAAAAAUGUAAAGCAGCUGCACUGAAUGAUCAGAUUGACGAAGACCUACAAGAAACUUUACGAUCUAUCCCCAAACCUAACAUACGUAACCUAUGGCCAAUCACAUUCACUGUAUGGAGUAUUAAAACUGCGAUUGCUGUGCCAACAAUGGUAAAGGAAUGGAAAGAAAAGAAAAGAUUAAUGAAAGAAUGGGCAAAGUUAGAGAAGGAAGAGAGAGAGAGACAAGAAGCUCUGUAUAGAGAGGAAUUAGAAUUGAGAAAGCAGAAACGUAAGAACAAGCCUGAACCACGUAUAGCUGAGGCAGUGGAAGCUGAUCUUGCUCCAGUUGUUUAUGAUGCUCCAAAGGAACUAGAACAGGAAACAGCAGAUGCAUACAAACAGACUUUAAAAGAUGGUGCAUGGACAGAUGAAGAUUAUGUGAUGUUGUCAAAGGCCUACAUAAAAUUCCCUGGAGGAACCGCAAAAAGAUGGGAAAAAAUUGCAGAGAUGGUUGGCAGGCCUGUUGGGGAGGUGACAAACAAAUGCAAACAGAUGAAGGGGAAUUUUCAAAUGAAUCUCAGCUCGUCUGUUCAAGCUGGAACAAAGAAUUCAAAAAAACAAAUAGAUAUAAGUGAUGAGAUAAUCUCUACACUUAGUCCAGAGAGUAUUGGGCCAAAAAAUGAUAAUAGUGAAGUGACGGUAAGGAAGAGAAACAAGAAUAAACCUCAGAGUGAUACAGAAAAGAUAUCAGUUACCAAAAAUAGUACUAGUGUUGAGACUGGUGCCAAAGUUUCUAGUCAGAAAAGUGGAAAGCAAAAUAGAACAGCUGACAGCCAGCCAAAAAUUCUAAAUGGUGCUGCUAAUGACAAGCUUGUGUUGAAAGUCAAAGAUGAUAAAAGUAAAGAAGCUAAGAAGAUUGAGGAAACAUCAGAAGGAAAAGCAUUGGAUGCUGAAUCUUGGUCCCAGAACCAACAAGUAAUUUUAGAGUGGGCUUUGAAACAGUAUCCCAAAACAACUGAGCAACGAUGGGAAAAGAUUGCGGAACAUAUACCAGGGAAAAAUAAGGAUGAUUGUGUUGCGAGAUUCAAAUAUUUGGCUGACCUUGUCAAACAGAAAAAACAACAACAACAACAACAGUCUUGACGACAGUAAAUAGUUAGGGUAACAGAAUUAUCUUGGAAGUUAAAAUAAAUAAAGUUGAAAAUAAUCAGUGAUCUGUUUUAGUGUUUUUGAAAAAUAUGCAGGCAAUCAGGUAUUGGCAAUGUAAAUCAGUGUUUUCCAGACUGUUCUAAAGGCAUGUUGGGAUGUGUGCAUACAUGUACCAAGCUAAUUACUAAAAAAAAAUUAAACAGAACUGUACUGUUUAAUAUAAAUAAAGAUCAAGGAUUUCCGAUGAAAGGAUUUGAAGCUCUCUAUAUUCCAUGUAAAAGUAACAGAGUCACGCAGGGUCAGGAAAUUUGAGACAAUAUUAUUAUAUAUUGGCUGUAAUGGGGCCUAAGGGAUAGAACUCAUUAAAAUUUGUCUUCAUAUAUUUACAUUCGCCCUGUUCUUUUCCAUUGAAACUUUUGACAUUCAUUUCAUAUGAACAGCAAAAGGAAAGGCGUGAAAGUUACGUCAUCGCUGCUUAGUGAUAACCGACCGCUGUUUUGACAACGUCCGCAUAUAGUCAAGAAGAAAGUUCCUUAGAUGAUGUCACAGUUGUUCCGUCUGGCGAACAGAAUGGCCGGGAAGCUGAUUUUAAUGCUAAAUGCUACAAAUUAUAUGCAAUUUAUAAUAUUAUAUAGUUUACAAAUGGGAAGGAAAUAUAAUGUAAAUAUAAGAAAUGAAACUAUUGUUUUCGGUGUUCAUGCAAAAUGAACGACAGAAUAGGAUCAGCAAAUUAAACAUGGAUUUGCCGAUCCUAUUCUGUCGUUCAUUUCGCAUGAACACCGAAAAAAAUAAUUUCAUUUCCUAAGUAUUUCCUAUUGAAUUAUACUAUCAUAAAAAGGGAAAUAGCUCACUUUCUUAUUAAGCAGUGUAAAUUUUAGUAAUCUUUGUAUUUUACUGUACAAUUCACCCUUAAAUGAUUGUGUGAUAAAAACCAACUGAUACUGGUAUUUGUUUCAUCAAAAACAGAGCUAUCAUCUUCCUUCAUUAUUCAAAACAGUUGCAUUGCUUCGUAUCUAUUCAUUUAAGUCCUUAUAAAGACUGAAUGUCAUUUUCUGCUUUAUAGUAGCUUACAAAUAAAACAUUUUGAGUCUAUGAGACUAUAUGUGUGCAGAAAUGGCAUAUUGGAAAAAGCAUUUUCAGCAAAAAAGCAUUUUGAUAGACUUGAAGAAACCCUGAAUAGAUGAGGUUAUAUGUUGACUUGUGUUUUUACAUAGGUUGUGAUAUACUGUGAACUGUUAAUAUUCUGGACUCAGAGAAUUUUGCAGAAAGUUUUAUGUAUUUUAUAUUUGACUUUUUGUGUGUUAUUUACCCUUACGCUGCUAAAUUUCUAUAAUGGACUUGUCCAUCUUUCAAUUUGGACAGUAGUACCAUUAACUGUUAAGAGGGGUGUUUACCAAAAAGAUACUGACUGAAUGGCAAACAGUGCAGACCAUGGUCAGACUGCACGGAUGUGCAGGCUGAUCUUGGUCUGCACUUGUUGCCCCCAGCAGACUAAGGGUUAAAGUAUGUCUGUAUUCAAAAACUAGAAGUCUGGAAUUUAGAAUUUAAUUUUACAUAUCUAAACAGUUGUAAGUUGUUUUAAUGAUUAUAUUUAUGACUCAAAACUUGCAUACAUUACUGUAACAAUAGGAAGAAUCUGCUAGCAAAGUUUCAUAAAAAAACUGAAGCCAUUUAAUAAAAAAAUAGCAUUCAGAAGUUUAGACUGAAACUGUUGACCCAGGUGUUUUUUCUGUAGUUUGUGAGUGAUAAGGUGUUGAGCAGUGCCGAUUCCGGCAACUCCUGUAAUCUUAAACUGAAGAAAAAUGUAGACAACAGAAAUGAAAGUAGCCAUUUUUCCAUGAUCAAUACAUCAAACACCUAGCUGCAUAUGAACCCUUAUCCUGCUAAAUUUCUGUAAUGAACUUGUCCAUCUUUCAAUUUCGACAGUACAUUAACUGUUAAAAGGGGUGUUUACCAAAAAGAUACUGACUGAAUGGCAAACAGUCCAGAUCAUGAUCAGACUGCAUGGAUGUGCAGGCUGGUCAUGAUCUACACUGGUCGCAAAGGCAGAAUCAGUCACAUCCAGCAUGAUAAGGGUUAAGUACAGCAAAGGUGUCUGAGCUCAUUUUGCUGUCACAAGAUUAAGGGAGAUUCUAUAAGCUAUGUAUUAUGCGGGUUAAGGAUCAGUUUUUUUUUUGUAUCUUUUGCUAGAGGAUUAUGUUGCAAUAACAGUUCUUGCAGUUUCAAUUAGAUAUUUUGCAUUACCUUGACAACAGUAUUUUAUAUUAGAGGAUACAAUUUUUCUUUUGCCUUUGGACAUUUAGUUUGUGGUCAUUUAAGUAAACAUGGCUGUAUAUAGGUUUGCUUUGUAUGUAUGGAAAUAUUCUGUAGAUGGCAAUAAAAUAUAUUUUAUCUAGAA